AAAUAAGAUUAACUUUGAUUGAUUCUGGAAAACGGUAAAACCUUGCAGCAUAACCUAGUCACUUUAGAACCAAUGUCAUAGUUCCUUCCCCUUCUUUUCUAACCUUUCAUCAACGAUUCUCAUAACAAAAAUGUCGAAUCGUUACGGUCAGGGUAGGCAAGACCAUUACAACAACAACAACAAGGGUUUCAACAAAACUCAGAAGAAAUUUGUCCCUAAAAAUUCCACUCCAACCCUGUCAACUUCCUUAAGAGAGAAACAACAAUCUGGUUCCGGUAGUAGUGGCAAUUCGUUGGGUAGGGUUCAAACAGGGGGUGUGAAUGGCAAUUUCGUGAACUAUUUGCCACAAGAUGAAGCUGUGGCUGCUGGUUUUGGGGCAGAGGAUGGUGGAUUGGAUGCCGUUGAAUCUCAGAGAGUUGUUGAUCUUCUUAAUUCACAGUUGUCUCGUUUGCUCAAGUUGAAGCCCAAGGAAUUUUGGUCACAAGUGGCUGGUGAUACCUCCCUGCAUGAGUUUCUCAACAGCUUUCUGCAGUUUAGGAGUAGAUGGUAUGAUUUCCCUCACCGCGGGACUAGAGGGAUUGUUGCUGGUGUUAUUUUCGGAGAGCAUGAUUUGAGCCGUCGUGUUUUCAUGGUAUUAUAUCGCAUGUCUUCCAAUAGAGAUCCUGGUGCUCGACCUGCUGAUACGCUCAGUUUGAGAGAUCAUGAAGUUCUUUUGCAGGAGAAGAAGUUGCUUGAUUUGCCAAAGUUGUUUGAUAUAUGUGCCAUAUACAAUCAUGAAAAUGAAGAAUUGACAAAAUUGCUGGUCAGAAAAGCAUUGCAUGCUCAGCCUUGGAUGCAUGAUAAUUUGACUGCAGUAACAUUUCAUUUUAUGAGCAUUGCAAGCACAAUGCAAGAACGGUGCAGUUCAUCAUUGGAGGUCUUAUUUGCUUCUGGAAGUCUUGAUGACCACAAUGCUGCUUUUCUCCGAACUGAUCUUCUGGAGGUGAUGGACUUUAUAAAUGAUGCAAUUGUAUCAAUGGAUGCUUUUGUUAGUGCCUACGAACCAGCAGCUUUAUUCUUCUCUUCCCCUGUUGAGAUGAGUUAUGGGAAUGAGGAUCUGCUGGGCUUCCUUGCCAGAUUGCAUGAUUUGCUAAUUCCAUCCAUGCAAAAGGGGUUCAACAUCAUUUUUGCGGACAAACAGGAUGACGCAGUCUCUAAUAUUGUGGUUAGUUUGAAGAUGUUAAGAAUGAGGUUGGCGAAGUUUGGGUGGCAAUUAUUGCAACUUUGCUAUUUAAGUGAUGAUGUGUUCCUAGAUAGCAUUCCUCUUCCAGCUGCCACAAAGAUGUUUCCUGCCAAUGUGGAAGACCCAGUCAUCAGAGCGGAUAUUCUGGUUCAAACAUUUAGAGACAUCAAUUCAGUAACAUUAAGUUUCCAGGAAAUCCAUCUGAAGGAAACAUUUCUUCAAGAUGUCGAAAGGAAUUUCAAUGUAUUAAGCAGGAUUGAGGGAUUAAAGCAUAAUGGAUGGAUAAUUUUUGACGAUGAACAACUAAAAUAUUUAUCUGGGAUAUUGAGUUCUCCGAAGGAGAUUAAUAAGGAAUCAUAUUCAACAAAGAUUGCUGUGCCGGACCAAACAGUGCAGGCGGAUGAAGAUGCUGUGGUUCUAGAGUCAAAAAUCAGUCAAAUUAGGGACCUGUUCCCUGAUUAUGGUAAAGGGUUUUUAUCUGCAUGUCUCGAGGUCUAUGACCAGAAUCCAGAAGAGGUUAUUCAAAGAAUUUUAGAAGGAACCCUUCAUAAUGAUCUGAUGUGCUUAGAUACUUCAUUAGAGACGGUGCCACAGUCACAAGCCAAGUCAACCACUGUUAGCGGGAAAGAUAAAGGAAAAGGUAUACUAAUUGAUUCUACGCCGGUGUCCUCAAAUACAAAAGUUUAUAGUGGGAAGAACCAGACACAAGGGCCAUUGAUGCCAUCAUCUGCUCCACUUGGAAAAUUUGUGAGGAAAUCUAGAGCCGACAUGCCUGAUCCAAGUAUUUUGGACAAUAACAAUGAGAAAGAUGCAUCGAGAAUUUUACAAUAUGAAUAUGAUGAUGAGUAUGACGACUCUUUUGAUGACUUGGGUCUAAGCGUAGCGGACUCUGGAGUAGAAGAAAAUGAAAUACUUGGCGACGAUGAAAUGAACGAAAAAUCGGGUAGAUCGAGAGCAAUAGGCUCCGGAAACUCUGCCCAAAAUGCCUCUAAUACAAAAUGGGGCUCCAGGAAAACGCCACAGUACUAUGUCAAGGAUGGUAAGAAUUACAGCUACAAAGUGGCAGGUUCAGUAGCAGUUGCAAAUUCUGAUGAAGCUUCAUUAGUUAAUGAAGCUCAAAAGGAAAUGAUACAUGGUCUUGGACGUGGCGGCAACCUUCCUCAUGGUGCGGUUCAGAAGUUGGCAGAUUCCUACAAGGGAGGUGGUAACCAAUUCCAUGUUUCUGAAACAGAAGGGAGAGGGAAUAGCAGUGGCAGAGGAAAGAGAGAAGGAGGAAAACAAAUUGAACAUAAUCAACAGCAGGGAAAACAAUCUGAUGUUUCUGUCACUGAAGUAGAAGGUAGAGAUCAGGGUCCAAAUAACAGGGGGAGAGGCAGAGGGAGAGGGAGGGGAGGAGGUAGAAACAAUCAUUACAGGAAGGACCAAGCCAUGAAGAAGCAUUUCUCUGGAUUGAGUGGUUUUUAAUUAUAUGCCCAUCAAAUCAACAUACAUAUCUUACUAGCUAAGAUACCAACUCUGGCUAGUGUCAAAGUCUACAUGUUAUAACAUUAAAUGUUGUGUUAAAGAUCAAUCAGAUGUAUAGACACUGUGCAUUGCUCCUCUUCUGCUGACAGUUUUCUCCUCCUUGGAAAGCAUGGCUCAUGCAUUGACUGAUUUUAGUCUAUAAUGGAUGCAGCGAGCAUUGUUGAAUUCGCAAUCAGCUAUCGCGAUACCAACUUUAUCUUAUACAAAAUAGUUUAAUGUCCUGUAAAGGUUACUUCAUACCGGAAUUCAGUUUUGGUUAAGAGAUUUUGAAUGUAUUUUAGCCUACAUUUCCUUUUAAACUAUGAAUAAUUUAGUUAUAUAAUAAGUAAUUUUGUUAUGGAGCAGCCUUAACUGAUGGCAGUGUUAGCCAGAGUAGGCGAAAGGGUGCGGCACAUUUCAGUCUUCUUCUGUGUCAACUGUGAAGAGAAGAGAGACAUCGUCGUAGGGUUUAUCCAUGAACUUUGAUGUUAUUUGAACAUUGAACGUAUUCAUAAAAAUGAAAAUUGGUUGGUUGGAUUCAA